AUGGACAACAACACCAAGCGGGUCAGGAGAACCAGCCGACCCGGAUCCGACUCGUUCGGCGGCGACUCGGGGAUUUUGAACGAGCGCGUCCUCGUCCUGGUGUUCGAGUCGCUGAAAUGGGACCUCCACACGCUCACCGCCGUCGCGGCGGUGAACCGGAAGCUCGCGGCGGUGGCCGCGAGGCUCCUCUGGCGGGAGCUCUGCCUCUACCGCGCUCCCCGGAUGCUGGCCACAUUGACGAGCGGGUCUAUUCCCUCCACCGCCGCCCCCGGCGGUCGAAUCGACGGCGGGUGGAAGGCCCUCGCGAAGCUGAUGCUCUUCUGCUGCGGCUAUCGCGGCGGCGGCGGAGGCGACGGGACUGGGUUUCCUUCGCCGUCGAAUUCGCCGGGACACGUGGCGAAGGCGUCGCGAUUCUCGAAGACGUCGGGGAGGAGCUUCCUGGCGAAGAAGUGCAGGGGGGAUUUGCUGUACGUGAGCGACCCGUGCGAGCACCCGGCGGCGGAGGCAGGGGAGGAUUUGGGGGUUUACAGGGGAAUUUUCCGGGGAUUCAUGAGGUCCAAAACGCGGGCGUUUUUGGUGAAGCGAGGGGUGAGGCUGGAGGAGAAGGUGAGGUGUCCGUACUGCGGGGCCCGCGUGUGGAGCAUGACGGCGGCGAGGCUGGUGCCGAGGAGCGCGGCGAGGAGGCUGGGGUCGAGGGACGGCGGGCUGGAGUACUUCGUCUGCAUCAACGGGCACCUGCACGGGAUGUGCUGGCUGAUACCGCUCUCGUCGUCCGACGAAGAUCGGGCGGAGGAGGAAGAAGACGGCGAAUCGGAUGGCGAUGAUUGCGAGGGGAAGGAGGAGAACGGGAGCACGAGCUCGUCGAGGGAAGAUGUAAUGGUGAAGUGA